UCGCAUUCUCAUUGGUGGGCGACGGCAAGGGGCACUCCGAGGCAGCCAUUUCCAACGAGCUGGCGGGGGGCGAAAGAUGGCGACGCCCCUCGGGUGGUCGAAGGCGGGGUCAGGAUCUGUGUGUCUCGCCUUCGAUCAACUGCGGGACGUGAUUGAGUCUCAGGAGGAGUUGAUCCACCAGCUGAGGAACGUGAUGGUUCUCCAGGAUGAAAAUUUUGUCAGUAAAGAAGAGUUCCAGGCAGUAGAGAAGAAGCUCAUGGAAGAGAAAGCUGCCCAUGCCAAGACGAAGGUCCUCCUGGCCAAGGAAGAGGAGAAAUUACAGUUUGCCCUUGGAGAGGUAGAGGUGCUGUCCAAGCAGCUGGAGAAAGAGAAGCUGGCCUUUGAAAAAGCGCUCUCCAGUGUCAAGAGCAAAGUCCUACAGGAGUCCAGCAAGAAGGACCAGCUCAUCACCAAGUGCAAUGGAAUCACAUGUCCGACUUCCGGAUCCAGAAGCAGCAGGAGAGCUACAUGGCCCAGGUGCUGGACCAGAAGCAUAAGAAAACCUCAGGAAUGCGUCAGGCCCGCAGCCACCAGCAUCCCAGGGAAAAAUAAAAUGGCUACUGCCUUCCUGUUCUCUGGCUGUAAUCGCCAGCCUCUGCCUGCUCUGCUCUGCUCUGAGAGUCCCCAGCCUCUAGCCCCUGAUACUUCCCUCCCUCUUGGGUAGUAGCAGGGGUCCACAGGGUAGGCACUUGUAGCCUAGGGGAGGAGCUAGGUCUUUGUUGUCUGGUAGGCACCACCCCUUCUUUGGGUAUUUAAUCCCUUCCUAUAUAAACAGCCCUUAUUACCCAGUAACAUCACACCCCACUCUCAGUGUCUUGGUAAAUUUAACUCUUUCAACUUGACUACAGGGCAGGAAGCCCUGACCAGAAACUUCAAAGACAGGGUGUUCCAGAACUACAAGGAAUUUGGGAAGUCAGUUUCCAUCACAUAAAAAUAAUGUUAUACCUGCAAAUCAAAUUUGUACCUGCUAAUACCUCCCCUCAACAAACGGGAGCUUCACCAAUGGGAGGAAGGGAAAAGACUGCUGUGCUGGUUUUCAGGUGGAGAAACAAUCUGGGAAGGGAGCUGGACUUGCUCAAGUUGCACAGGCAGGGCUGGAUGGGAUGGAUUGGCUACAUUCUUUCAGAAGCUGUCACUGAGUGUCCCCCAGGUGAUCAUGGGGAUACACCCAGGCAGGGGACCCACUUCAGGGGUCAGGUUAGCCCAGUGUAGCCUGUCCUGGGUCAGUUUGAGGCUAAGUGCACAGGAGGGGCCAGUGCUCUUGCUCCAGGGCCAGCUGGGGCCUGAGUCAUAGCAGGACCUUGAAGCCAGAAGUUUCAGGGCAAGUGGUGCCCACUGUUGUAAAACAAUGACAGGUGGUGGCUGCCUCCCCACAGCGCCUGUCUCUAGAGCAGGUCCUAAGGCUACGGGGGCUGAAAUGAGGGCCUUGUGAGUAUCUUGGGGAGCACAGGGCUGUUCUUAACCUCCAGGGGCUUUGCAGCUGAGACCACAAGCUACUUUGAAGCUUCCCAUGGGACUCCAUGUUGGUAUCAAGGAACUGUUCUAGGAGCUGAGGCAGACUGAAAGCUAGAGCUGUCCACUCCAUCCUCUUCCAAUAGGUCUCACUGAGGGCAAUGGGUCCAGCUAGAGUUAGCACCUUCCUGGGGCCCUGAGGCGCCAGGGAGGCCUCUAGCAGUGUUGCUUACUCUACUGAAGGUUGGGGAUUGGGGAGAGUGUAACUGAGGUCAAGGAAGGUGGUGGAUACACCCUUAGGAGCUCUAGCUGAGGCCAGCAAUGGCGAUGGGGGUCCCCUGCAGUGAUGUUAAGACACCCAGGGCUGAGGGGAAGAUUGCUUGUACUACCUGAGUCGCCCAGCCUGAAGGCCUGGUUCCCCGGCUCACAGACUGAACCGCACACAGCAGUGCCUGACUUCAGUCGGAUCGCUGCUGGGCCUCAGUUUCCUCACCUGUGAUGGGUGGAGUUGGACCUAACUCCUGGCUCCAGGGCUUCAAAAGGUGGGCCUGCCGUUCCCUCACCUGCCUGUCAGCCAAAGCUUGGAGCCCACACCAGGUGCUCUGGCUUGUGCCGGAGAAGGGGGUCGGUAGGACAUGGAGGCUGGAGAGGGAAGAGUGCAGAACCCAGGUCUCUCCUGCUGCUGGCGCCGCUGGCUCAGGAGUGGACGCGGCCGCUUUAAG